CUCUCUCUCUCUCUCUCUCUCUCUCUCUCUCAAGAAUUCAUAAAUCAUCACAAGAAUCAGCCUUGCCAUUGCAUUCUUCAGAGUGGCAAUUAAUUUAGCAGCAGCUAUGGGAUCAGUGAAGAGGGAGGUGUUGUUGGGGAUUGCUCUUAAGUUUUUGCUGGUAAUUCAAUCAUCAUGUGCAGGUGCAGCACCAAGUAACCAGAGGAUCUGCAAGAGCAACAACGACGACGAUGAUUCAAUGUAUUAUCCUCCGGUUCAAUUGCACGAAUUGGAAGACCAUGUGGUGUUGGACAAUGGCAUUCUCAAUGUUACUUUGUCGACUCCGGGGGGUAUGGUUACAGGAAUAGAGUACAACGGUAUCGACAAUUUAUUGGAUUACAACAAUGAAGAAAACAACAUGGGGUAUUGGGAUCUAGUUUGGAGCAGCCCUGAUCAUCCACACGAUGUUUUUGACAAGCUAGAUGGAACAAAUGUGUAUGUCGUGAUUGAAGACGAGAGCCAAGUAGAGCUCUCAUUCGUAAGGAUGUGGAAUUCUUCGCAGACGGGAUUGUCCCUCAACAUAGACAAAAGGUUGGUGAUGCUUCGCGGCUGUUCUGGAUUUUAUUCGUAUGCAAUUUUCGAGCGUUUGGAAGGCUGGCCCGAUGUCAAUAUUUCUCAAGGACGAAUCGUAUUUAAGCUGCAACAAGACCUAUUCCAAUACAUGGCAGUGUCCGAUGACAGACAGAGGAUUAUGCCGACAAGUGAAGAUCGUAAGUACGGCCUGGUUCUUGACUACCCGGAAGCUGUUCUUCUUACAAAUCCAGCCAAUGAAUUUCUCAGAGGAGAGGUAGACGAUAAGUAUCAAUACUCGAGCGAAAACAAGGAUAACCGAGUGCAGGGGUGGAUAUGCUCCAACCCUCCUACCGGAUUUUGGAUCAUCACUCCCAGCAAUGAGUUUAAAAAUGGCGGACCUGUCAAACAAGAUCUUACGUCGCACGCAGGUCCAAUCGCGCUUUCGAUGUUCUUUAGUACUCAUUACGCAGGGGCGCCAUUAAUACUCGAGUUUCGCCAUGGCGAGCCGUGGAAGAAGGUCUUUGGCCCUGUUUUUAUUUAUGCAAACUCGGCUGCCCAAGGUGAAGAUCCUCUUACGCUGUGGACAGACGCCAAAGAACAGAUGCUUGCAGAAACAGAGAGCUGGCCGUAUGAUUUUCCAUUGUCCAAAGAUUUCUCUUUUGCCGAGCAGAGAGGUUCGGUGACUGGCCGGUUGUUGGUUCGCGAUAGUUACAUUAGCGCUGAAAGGCUUAUAGCCGGAUCGUCUGCUUUCAUUGGAUUAGCUCCUCCGGGCGAGCCUGGAUCGUGGCAACAAGAAAGCAAGGGCUAUCAAUUCUGGACCGAAGCCGAUGAGAAAGGGUACUUCACAAUCAACAAUGUUCGAGCUGGAAAUUAUAGUCUUUUCGGUUGGGUCCCUGGAUUCGUCGGCGACUAUAAAUACGACGCAGAAAUCAGCAUUCUACCAGGGUGCAAGAUUCGGCUUGGAAAUCUAAUAUUCGAUCCACCAAGGAAUGGUCCGACUCUAUGGGAAAUAGGAGUACCCGAUCGAACAGCUGCUGAAUUCUUCGUGCCUGAUCCAAACCCGACUCUUAUGAACCAAUUAUACAUCAGCGAGUCGAACAACCGGUUCAGGCAGUACGGCUUGUGGGAUCGCUACACGGACUUGUACCCCGACCAAGAUUUAGUAUAUGUAGUCGAAACGAGCAGUUUUCAGACAGAUUGGUAUUUUGCUCACGUCAACAGAAACAUCGGCAACAAAACUUAUAUAGCAACAACUUGGAAAAUAUUGUUCAAUCUUACGAGCGUGGAUGAAUCUGCGAACUACACCCUUCGACUUGCAUUGGCAUCAGCUCAUGAAGCAGAGCUGCAGGUUCGAAUAAAUGAUGAAACAAUGAUAGUCCCAAGUUUUACGACGGGGCUAAUAGGCAAGGAUAAUGCCAUUGCAAGGCAUGGAAUCCAUGGGUUGUAUUGGUUGUAUAGCAUUGGCAUACCAUCGAGCUGUUUUCUUUCCGGCGACACUAAUGUAAUCUUUUUAAGACAGUCGAGAGGGUCGGGCCCUUGGAGCGGCGUCAUGUACGAUUAUAUUCGACUCGAAGCUCCUUCACCGAUGAAUAAUUAGUGUUUAUAGCAAAGCCGGCUCUUAGCAGGGGUAACCUGAGCACUUGCUCAAGGUCUCUGCAUC